UUUGUUGACCCGGAAGGAUAAUGAACGCAGCUUCCGGGUCCUUCUGCAUGUCGCUGUUCACUCAUGAUUGUAACUGUUUUUUAUUUUUACGGUUAUUAAAUUUCUCAUAAACAUGUCCCGGGGUUCCAGCGCAGGAUUUGACCGUCACAUUACUAUUUUCUCUCCGGAGGGAAGACUUUAUCAAGUAGAAUAUGCAUUCAAGGCCAUAAAUCAGGGUGGUCUUACGUCAGUUGCUGUUCGGGGCAAGGACUGUGCGGUAGUCGUCACACAGAAAAAAGUCCCAGAUAAGCUUCUGGAUGCAUCCACUGUAACUCACUUAUUCAAAAUCACAGAGAACAUCGGCUGCGUCAUGUCAGGAAUGACAGCUGACAGCAAGUCUCAAGUGCAACGUGCUCGCUAUGAGGCGGCGAACUGGAAGUACAAGUAUGGAUAUGAGAUUCCAGUUGACAUGCUUUGCAAAAGAAUAGCUGACAUCUCUCAAGUUUACACACAAAACGCAGAGAUGAGGCCGCUCGGCUGCUGCAUGAUUGUAAUUGGUGUAGAUGAGGAGCUGGGGCCACAAGUAUAUAAAUGUGACCCAGCAGGUUAUUACUGUGGGUUCAAGGCUACGGCUGCAGGCGUGAAGCAGACAGAGGCAACCAGCUUUCUGGAGAAAAAAGUGAAGAAGAAACUUGAUUGGACGUUUGAGCAGGCAGUUGAGACCGCAAUCACCUGUUUAUCAACCAUUCUGACAAUUGAUUUCAAGCCAUCUGAGUUGGAAAUUGGUGUCAUCACGGCAGAGGAUCCGAAAUUCAGGAUUUUGUCAGAGGCAGAGGUGGACACUCACUUGGUCUGUUUAUCAGAGAGGGACUGAUGUGUCCAUUGUGCAACUCUGAAAGUCCAGGGAUGUGUAGGAUUCCGAUCAAAGCCCUUGUUGUCAUGUAAAUUCCCCCGUUUCAUUAAAUACAUUUUGAGAAAAAAA